AUGGGACCAAAUGAAUGGAAAGCUCUAUGUGAUAAAACAAAAAAAAUUGAAGACUUUUACGUAGAAAGUGAUCACAUAAUAGACAAUUUAACGGAUACGGAGAGAAUUAUCAGACUAGGAGAAGAUUCGUCAGACAGCGACUCAGGGGACUCGGGUUGUUCCUCAUCGUCAUCUGACGAAAACGAUAAUCUGUUAACUCCUGGAACAAGUAGUGAACCAGCGAACUACGAGUUCUCCUACAAAGUGAGCGACUACGAGAGCGGAAGUGACUUUAGCCACGCGGGAAACCGGCAGGACGAUAAAGCAGAAGGGACGUACUAUGUCGUACUUCCUGAUGGAACCAAACAGGUGGUAGAGUACGAGGCUGAUGAAGAUGGAUUCAAGCCAAGGAUCUCGGUAAUACCAGCCGACACUGCAUCUAGCCGCGCAGGUGACGGGUCUUAUUGA